CAAAGAAAAUUAACAUUAACUAUUUUUCAUGCAGCCAUAUCAGUGGCAGGGCUGGCAGCUGCUCUGGCUGCAAUUGCUGCUGCUGGCAAAUCAAAGGAGAAGAUCGAUCCGAGGGAGGAAGAAGCAAUGGCUAAUGCUGCAGCCUUGGUGGCUGCACAAUGCGCGAAAUUCGCGCAAUCCAUGGGAGCUAAGAAGGAAGAUCUCAGCAGUGUUCUUGGGUCAGCCAUGAGUGGUACUGGUUCAAGUGAUAUCCUCACUCUUACAGCUGCUGCCACUACAUCACUGAAAGGAGCAGCUACACUAAAAGCAAGAACAGAAUGCAAGAACACAUUCAAUGGCAGUGCUCCAGUUCUUCCUAUUGAAGACAGCCAUGACUUCGAUUUCGAUUUCGACAAGCACAGAUCAAUCCUUGCCUCUGGCUCAGAGCUUCAUGUGGAAACACCAGAUGGAGAUUUUAGGGUGAGGUGGAUUUCGAUCAUCCUUGACAACCAAUCCAAAGUUGUCCUAAGAAUGAGAAAGUUGAAUCUGUUUCGAACCACAAGAGAAAAUAUUGUGUUGGAUAUUCAUGCCGAGUUGUACAAAGAUCCAGAUCAGGGUGCACAAGAGACAGACACAUGUUAUCUCAUCGUAUCACGAUCAUAA